UUGCUGACGUUCUGGCUAUUGACAAUUAGAGCUGAUCUUAGUGAUAAAUUCUUAUUGAGCAUUGGUAAACAAAUAGGGAACGACGUCCAUACCCUUGGGAUCCAGUUAGGGCUCAGUGAUUCAGAUAUCGAGAAUAUCAAGUCAAGUGAACAACAUGUCGCGGGGAAUUGGGGAUAUCAGGUUUUAAAGAUAUGGAGGCAAAGACGGGGGAAGCAUGGAGACAAUGCAAAUCUGCUUGCGGAUGCUCUACGAGACAUUGGGAGAGUGGAUCUUGAACAACAAGUUAAGGAGUAUAAAGACCCGUCUUCUGGGAGGUCAACGCAUGUUGAUGAACAAAUAACAGAAAAGGGGGCAAGACAAAAUAAUGGAAAUAGUGGUGGAAAAGAAAUUGAUAAAGACCAGUUGCACAAUGACCAUAUUAUACCAUGGGAAGGAAUCAUAAUCGCUGUUCUAGUCAUCAUUUUGCUAGCAGCUGUAGUACGAG